AAUGAUAAAUACAUAAUGGUCGGAUUUUCUUUUUGUCUUGAUGCGAGGAGAAAGGUAAGCGUGUUGCUGUAUUAUAAUCUAUUCACAGAAUAUAGAAAAGGGAAAUUCAGUAAAUGCAGAUUAAUAUUGGAGUGGAGAGCGAAAUGAAAAAUUAGUAUACUGAAAAGGUGGAAGAGGCAGAGGGUCAUUUGAAAUUUGAAGUGGUUCGGAUGAGAAAGCAACCAUUUAUAACACUCUCGUGAUUCAUACCAUCGUUUUCUCUCUCUUCGCAUUUUCUCUUUGUAAUGAAUAAGAGCUUCUGCUUCUUCUUAUUCAGCGCAGAUCUCUGAAUCUCUCUGGUCAGCAUAAAGCAAACCAAUCCAUGGCCCAUAGUGUAAGAUCGAGUAUGUCUUCCUUUAGUUCGACCUAUGGCAAUGAAGACACUCCUUUACACACUUCCGCCUCUGUUUCAAAUGGGGAUGGAUAUGACAGUGACGGCUCCAAUUUCGCAACGCCUACACAAGCAGCACUGUCAGCCGCUAUUCCUGCAGAACUUGCUGGUGCUAUACCUUUGAUUGAUAAAUUCCAGGUUGAGGGAUUCCUACGGAUGAUGCAGAAACAGAUUCAAUCCACUGGAAGGCGAGGUUUUUUUUCCAAAAAAUCUGUUGGCCCUCAAGUUCGUGAAAAGUUCACUUUUGAGGAUAUGCUUUGUUUUCAAAAGGAUCCAAUACCAACUUCACUACUUAAAAUAAAUGGAGACCUGAUAAGUCGAGCAACGAAAUUGUUUCAAAUAAUUUUGAAGUACAUGGGAGUUGAUUCAUCUGAUCGAGUACCUCCAGUAAGCUUGGAUGAACGGAUUGAACUUGUUGGAAAAUUAUAUAAGCAUACACUAAAACGAGCAGAGCUUAGAGAUGAACUUUUUGCUCAGAUUUCAAAGCAAACCAGGAAUAAUCCAGACAGGCAAUACUUGAUUAAAGCAUGGGAACUAAUGUACUUAAGUGCAUCCUCCAUGCCACCAAGCAAGGACAUUGGUGGAUAUUUAUCUGAGUAUGUUCACAGUGUAGCAUAUGGUGCAAAUACUGAUUCCGAGGUCCAAGUCCUAGCAGUAAAUACAUUAAAUGCUUUGAAGCGUUCUGUUAAAGCUGGUCCAAGGCAUACAAUACCAGGACGGGAGGAAAUUGAAGCUCUUCUAACAGGCCGAAAACUUACAACCAUAGUAUUCUUUUUGGAUGAAACUUUUGAAGAAAUCACAUAUGACAUGGCAACAACCGUAGCUGACGCUGUUGAGGAACUCUCUGGGAUAAUUAAGCUGUCAGCAUACUCUAGCUUUAGUUUGUUUGAGUGCCGGAAAGUUGUUACUGGUACCAAGUCGCCUGAUCCUGGGAAUGAGGAGUAUAUUGGGUUAGAUGAUAACAAAUAUAUAGGGGAUUUGUUGGCGGAAUUCAAAGCAGCCAAGGAUCGAAGUAAGGGAGAAAUUUUGCACUGCAAAUUGACAUUUAAAAAGAAGCUAUUUCGAGAGUCAGAUGAAGCUGUAACAGACCCAAUGUUUGUGCAAUUAUCAUAUGUUCAAUUGCAACAUGAUUAUAUAUUAGGUAAUUAUCCCGUUGGAAGAGAUGAUGCUGCACAGUUGUCUGCAUUGCAAAUAUUGGUUGAGAUUGGAUUUAUUGGUAGCCCUGAAUCAUGCACCGAUUGGACUUCUCUCCUUGAACGAUUUCUACCUAGGCAAAUUGCAAUCACCCGAGGAAAGCGGGAAUGGGAGUUGGAUAUUCUUUCUCGUUAUCGCUCGAUGGAACAUCUAUCAAAAGAUGAUGCAAGACAGCAAUUUUUGCGAAUAUUAAGGACACUUCCUUAUGGGAAUUCAGUUUUCUUUAGUGUCCGCAAGAUUGAUGAUCCUAUCGGACUUUUACCUGGAAGGAUUAUUCUGGGCAUCAAUAAGCGAGGGGUACAUUUUUUCCGUCCAGUGCCAAAAGAAUAUUUACACUCAGCAGAGCUGAGAGACAUAAUGCAAUUCGGAAGCAGCAAUACUGCUGUGUUCUUUAAGAUGCGAGUUGCAGGUGUUCUUCACAUAUUCCAAUUUGAGACUAAGCAGGGGGAGGAAAUUUGUGUUGCUCUUCAAACACAUAUAAAUGAUGUCAUGUUGCGGCGCUAUUCUAAAGCUCGGUCUGCUGCAAAUGGCGUUGUGAAUGGAGAUCUUUCUAGUAGUUUUAAGCCUCCUAAUGCAGAAGUGUAUGAGAAACGUGUCCAGGAAUUAUCUAAAAGUAUUGAGGAAUCUCAAAAGAACAAUGAUCAGUUAUUGGAAGAAUUGCGAGAGAAGCAAAGGCAAGAAGCAAAGUUGCAAGAAGAAUUGGAGGGCCUGAAAGAUUCAUUGAGAUUUGAGAAGCAAAACUUGAUAGAAGUUGCUUCUGAUCGGGAUAGACUUAGAUCAAUGUGUGCCGAAAAGGAUGCAGCUCUUCAA